AUCUCGCUGUCGAAUCUCAAGGACAAUCCGGGGUCGAAGACGUGGCGGCUGCGCGUCGGACGAGGGCGCGGCGGCGGCAUGGGGAAGACGGCCAGACGCGGGUACAACGGGCAGAAAUCGCGCAGCGGCGGCGCGCCGAGGAUCGGGUUCGAGGGCGGGCAGACGCCUUUACGGCUGACGCUCCCGAAGCGCGGGUUCGUCAAUCCGAAGAGGAUGGUGUUCACGCCGCUCAACUUGUGGAAGCUGCAAAAGUGGAUAGACGACGGAAGGCUCGACGUCUCGAAGACGCUGACGAUGAAGGACUUCGUUGACGCGCGGCUGAUCGAUCCCAGGGUGAAGAACGGGCUGAAGCUGCUCGCGAAGGAGAUGGACGGGCACGCGUUCACCGCGAAGAUCAACGUGGAGGUGAGUCGAGUGAGCGCCGCGGCCAAGGAGGCCAUCGAGAAAAACGGCGGGAGCGUCGUCACGGUGCAUUACAACCGGUUAGGGUUGCGGGCGCUGUUUUACCCGCAGAAGUUU